AUGGGAGUCUCUAAAAGCAUCUUCUUGGCACCUCUGUGCUUGAUCCUCAGCGCUCUGCUGGGGUUGGCCAGCUUUGUCAGGGCCGAUAACCCCAUCGUCCAAACGAUAUACACGGCAGACCCGGCCCCAGUCGUGUACAACGGCCGCGUCUACCUGUUCACGGGCCACGAUGAGGACGGGUCCACGACCUUCACCAUGAAGGACUGGCGCCUGUUCUCGUCGGCUGACAUGGUUAACUGGCAGCACCACGGCAUCGCCAUGAACCUGACGACCUUCGCUUGGGCCGACCUGAACGCCUGGGCCGGCCAGGUCAUCCCGCGCAACGGCAAGUUCUACUGGUACGUGCCCGUGCGCCGCCGCGGUGGCAGUAUGGCCAUCGGCGUGGCCGUGAGCAACAGCAUCACGGGUCCGUACUCGGACGCCAUCGGGAAACCGCUGGUCGAGAACGGCCAGAUCGACCCGACCGUCUUCAUCGACGACGACGGCCAGGCCUACAUGUACUGGGGCAACCCGGGCCUGUACUACGUCAAGCUCAACCAGGACAUGACGUCGUACAGCGGCAGCGUGUCGCAGAUCACGCUCACCACGGCGGGCUUCGGCACGCGCAACGGCAACGCCGAGCGGCCCACCACGUUCGAGGAGGCGCCCUGGGUCUACAAGCGCAACGGCGUCUACUACAUGAUUUAUGCGGCCAACUGCUGCUCCGAGGACCUGCGGUACUCGACCGGCACCAGCGCCGUCGGGCCGUGGACGUACAAGGGCGUCAUCAUGCCGUCGCAGGGCGCCAGCUUCACCAACCACCCGGGCAUCGUCGAGUUCAACGGAACCUCGUACUUCUUCUACCACAACGGGGCGCUGCCCGGUGGCAGCGGCUACACGCGCUCCGUGGCGGUCGAGAGCUUCAAGUACAAUUCGGACGGCACGAUCCCGCAGAUCCCCUGGACGAGCGGCGGGCCGGCGCAGGUCGGGACCCUCAACCCGUACGUGCGCCAGGAGGCCGAGACCAUGGCGUGGGAGCAGGGCGUCGAGACCGAGGUCAGCAGCGAGGGGGGCAUCGAUGUGGGCAACAUCAACAACGGCGACUACAUCAAGGUUAGGGGCGUGGCCUUUGGGGACGGUGCCAAGUCUUUCUCGGCCCGUGUCGCUUCCGCCACCAACGGCGGCAGCAUCGAGCUGCGCCUAGGUAGCUCGACCGGCACGCUGGUCGGCACCUGCGCCGUUCCCGGUACAGGCGGGUGGCAGACCUACAAGACUGUGACGUGCUCCGUGAACGGCGCAACGGGGACCCAGGAUCUGUUCUUCAAGUUCACGGGUAGUGGCACCGACUUCCUUUUCAACUUUGAAUACUGGCAGUUUAGUAAAUAG